CGGAUUGCCCCCGUAAAAUGGCCGUGGGCAACAAGACUUCAGUGUUUCUCUAUUCCUCAAAGAUAGUAAUUUUUAAAGUGUGACAAGGAUAGACCGUGUCACUUGAAUAUUUGAACGCCACCUAAACGUGUAUAGAAGUUAAAGAUAGAUGCACCACGAUGACCUAGAAACGACAACUCAAGAAUGAUUUCGAAAGCAGAAAAGCCAGCGCGCGACUUGUGACUUCUGCUCUUCUGCUGUCACCCUCACACGCCAUCCAGUCCAAGGACCUUGAUACUUUAGUGUUCUAAAUAUUGGUGACCAAAAUGCCAAAUGUGUGGAGCAGAGUUGCUGCAUUUACCCACAAAUACCCUCUAUCAAGAGGCAUGCUGUCAUAUGCAUGCAUUUGGCCUCUGGGUAGCUGUGUACAGCAAAAGAUUCAAGGCAAAGAGAAACUGGAUUACUGGCGUGCCCUUCGCUUCAGUCUCUACGGUUGCUGUUUUGUUGCUCCUACAUUAUACACCUGGAUGACCAUUGCCGGAUACCUGUUCCCAAAACCUGGCUUGAGAUCUGGAAUAUACAAGGCAUUGGUGGAACAAGUAUCUUACACUCCAAGUGCCAUGAUAUGCUUCUAUUUCUUCAUGACCUUAUUGGAAGGAGGCACUCUUGACGAAGCUUGUGAAGAAGUAAAGACAAAAUUUCUUCCAACAUACAAAGUCGGCGCUUGUGUCUGGCCAGUGCUUCAAACUUUUAACUUCACUGUUGUUCCACCUCAAAAUAGAGUACCGUUUGUGAGCUUAUGUAGCCUUUGCUGGACUACUUUCCUAGCAUACAUGAAACAACUUGAGUCUCAACAAUUAGAAAAGCCCAUGACUGUUGUUGCUCCAUCAUUAAGUGCCCCCUUUACAGCAUAUUAACAUGAAAUAGUUUCUUGUCGGGUACUCUUUAUGUGUUAUUGUAACUGCAAAAUCUAUGGCUCUCUAGUCCAGUAUUAUUUUUAUAGCCAAUUUUUGCAUCAUGAAGCUUGGUGUGUUUGCAAAGUAUUUGUCUAUUGACAUACAGUAUAUUUUAUUGAAUGGUUAUUAUUGGAUGUGAUAUUUUAGUCAUAGUAAUGUAAGAGUAUUUGAUUAUUAUUUUCAUCAUCAUAUAUUGCAUAGAACAGCUUUUGUUCUAAAGAGAAUACAGUGCCUCAUUAUCAUAUCUACCAUGAUCUAAACUCUAUAUUGCUACUGUUUUUGCCAAAGAUCUUACCUGUAAAUGUGAUUAAGAUAAUAAUUUUCUUUUCCAUGACCAAAAACUUAUUGUUGUAAAGUUUUCACUUUUGCAGCCCAAAGAUUUUUCUUUGAAGAAAGCAGGGUCCUGUUGACAACUUUUUUUGUAGAGUGUAUUUUAUUUUUAUAAGUAAGGAUUAGUGAGGUGUCUCAAUGCUGUUCUCUUAAAGCCUAGUAGUCUUCACAUAAUUCUGAACUAGUUCUGCAUAUUGACUUUUGGAAACUGAACUUGUUAAAUUUCACAUUUUGUUUUUUGCUUAUGAAAUCCAUUAUAUCCUACUUUUCCACUGGUGAACUCUUGCAUCAUAUCAUACAUCCAGAAACUCUAGUCUGCCGUGUAACUACAGUAAUAAAGGAUUAUUUUUAAAAUUC